AUGACUUCAUGGGCAGUGGAGGUUUCAGUUCUGCAUGAUACAGUCGUGCCUUUGAGAUCAGGUUUGAUCCAUACCUCAAUUAUUCGAAUGACUGAGACAAUCCGCGGCGGAGCAGGCGACACCUGGAAAGCAGCAGGCAUGGUGUUUGAUGCUUUCUUGGAAGACCCUCUCAACGUAUAUCUUCGAGCUGUAACUAUCCGGGGCCAAAAGCCUUCUCGAACACUUUACCAGAUCAUUAGCACCUCAUUUCUGCGAUUAUGGAUGCAGACCAAGUGGGUCCUGACAGUCGACUCUGGCACAGCCAUAAUUGUUGCGACGCCACCUGAAUCAUGUUCUAAAAACCCAAUCGAUGCGAUCACAAAUCUACUUUCCACCUUGCUCACAGCAGCAGUUAAAAAUAUUGCGGUCAAAGAGUCCCGGAAGAGGAACAAAGAGUUUGCUCGCAAAUCAGAGAAAGUCAUCUCAGAAACACUAGGCGACCGUGUUCGCGAAAUGGCGUACGUAAAUUUACUAGCCACCGACCCGCAUCAUCAAGGCAGAGGUUAUGGCGGCGCUCUUCUAGAGUCUAUUACAAGGAUUGCCGAUGCAUCUGGGGAAGCAUUGUGGCUCCAAUCCAGCAACACCAACAAUACGAGUUUCUACAUGUCUCAUGGAUUUAGAAUCGUAGGAGAGGUUUGUCUGGGAGAUUCCAACUCAAAAUGGAAUGACAAGCCCAUCAUUGUGCCAAUAAUGGUUCGAGAACCAACAUCGCGUUUCGAAACUGAAAAAGCCCCUUAA